CUGGUAAAUAAAAGCUUGUUAUUAACUGGGUUUGCAGUGAAUAAUGUGAAACUUUAUAAAACGUGUCACAGGUAAUAGGUGUAGCCAAUGGAAUGUUUGUAGAGCUGCACAUGUAUAAUCAACAUAUUGAUGAACAGCAGAUGGCCAAUUUGUAAAUAAUAAAAUAAAUAUAUGAUAAUCAUCAAAGUAUAGUAAUCAAUGGGAUAAAUAAAGCUUACCUUGGAACCUGUCAAAUCUGCUGUUUGUGUUGCAAUACAGUGUUGCAAAAAAAAACCAAAACAAUAUAGUGCAUAAAAUAUAUGGAGAAAUGUUAUUUGAAUCUUAAUGUUUUUCUAAGAGGAUGACGAAAAGACCUGAGACAUGUAUAAUAGACUACAGUAAACAGAUAUAGAUGGUUAAUUCUCCCUUGAAAAUUAAAGGCACUUUUAAUGAAUUCAUAAAAUGUGAUAUGUUAAAAAGGGGAGACCACUAUGAGCACAAGACAUCCUACAAUGCCGAAGAAACCCAACACAUACAAAUGUACUAUUAUUUCAUAUAAAAACAAAUCAUGGUCUACAUAUCUAGAAUUAAGAGAAAGCAUAUCCUGCCUCAGGAACAGCACACAAAUUUAUAUUUAUUAACAUUUUCAUGUAUCCAGCAUCCGACAACAAAAAAAAAAUAUCAGACAUCUACCUGCUGUUUAUACAAGGAUUAGGUUGUUUACAUUUUGAUGAAUAGUUAAUUAUGCAUGAUAGCAGCUUUGUUUGUUGGUUAUUUGUUUUGUGUACAUAACUAUAUGCAUGUGGCAGCAGAAGUUUGUACAUUUGAAGCAAACUAUUUGAUGAUUAAUACAGUCUUUAGUUGUACGACUGUUAUUAACACUUGUGCAGGACAGAUGUUGUUAAUAGUUGUACCGGUCAAAAGUUGUUAACAGUUGUUCAGGACAGUUGUUGUUGUAAAUGUUAAAAGUUUUUUUACAGUUGUAAAGGUUAAAGGUUGAUGACAGUUAUAAAGGUCAAAAGUUGUACAGGACAGAAAUUGUUAACAGUUGUACAGGAUAGAAAAUGUUAACAGUUGUACAGGAUAGCAAUUGCUAACAGUUGUUCAGGACAGAAAUUGUUAACAGUUGUACAGGACAGAAACUGUUGAAAGUUGUAAUGGUUAAAAGUUGUUUACAGAUGUAAAGGCCAAAAGUUAACAGUUGUAGAUGAUAGAAGUUGUUGACAGUUGUACAGGACAGAAAUUAACAGUUGUACUGGACAGAAGUUGUUGACAGUUGACAUUUCCAAAACAUUCAGUUAAAAAAUCAUCUGAAUCAUGUUAAGAAUAUUUAGAGUCAGACAGAAAAUGAAGAAAAUUAUUUUUAUGUCAAUGGUUGGAAUGGUCCUUUUUAUGUUUUCCUUACAAUUGAAACAACUUUCCAUAGAUUCCAAAGUUAAGAUUCAGAAGUUUGUCAAAUCAAUCCAUAGGUUAAGCAAUGAUGUUAACAUGGAAACUAUAUGGAGAAAUUCAAAUGGGAAACACAAUGGUCAUUGCAAAAUUCCAUAUUUGAAGAAAAUGAUUCGACCGGCUAUGUCUAACACAAGCACAAGACAGGAAGUAACAUGUCAUCGAGUUAAACCACACAGAGAAUCAUGUCAAAUAGCCGAUGAUUUGUUUAAAAGUAAACCUAUUGGUACCUGCAGUCAUCAGAAAAACUACGAAUUCUGUAAGAUAUAUAGAUAUGAGUCGGAUGCUAUGCUUAGGGAUGUGACCUGUUCCAUUAAUCAGUGUGUUUUACCUGUCUAUCUCGGCCAGAUUAACAAAAAUACAGGUGAAAAAAUAUGGACACCGUUUACCUCCGCUAUUGACCUCACCCAUGGUAUAUAUGGAAUUAGAAAACAAGGCAAUUUUGGAUUUUUCUACAUAAAAUGUGUUCUUUCAAAUGAAAACAGUGAUCUAGACACGAGUAGUGUGUUCUUUGAUCAGGAUGAAGGUGUUUACUUUGUGCUGCAGCUCAUACUUUUACCUCCUAUGUAUAUCAACUCAACGGAACAAAAGAAAAUGGCGGAAGAAAAAAUUAACGUUAAUAUCAUUUUCGUAGACUCUGUAUCCAGACACCAUUUUUACCGGUCUUUGCCCAAAACUGUUGAUCUAUUUUCAAAUCUUAAUACAAAUACAAAAACAAAGGUACUAGAUUUUGAGUUAACACAAUCUGUAAGGUCGCGAACAUUUGAAACGCUGCAGGCCAUGUUUUCCGGAUAUGUUAAUCUGGACGAAAAACCUUUCGGUGUUCUUGCCAUGCCACCUGUGGCUUUGAAAACAGAGGAAUUGUUGGGGAAAUUCAAAGAGAAGGGUUAUAAAACGUUGUGGUUGGAGGAUCUGUGUUACUUGUGGGAAUGGGGCAUCGUCAAAGAUCUCCUAGUCCAUGACUCAAGGUUAUCUCGGUUUGAAACCUGGACCAAGUUAAAAGCAGCAUUACUUAAAGCGAAUAUAGAUUCAUUGGACAUCACAUUAACUAGUUGCGAAGUGAUGCUCGUGAACAAUCACAACGAUCCAUUCCAUGACCUUGACACUGUCUGCUUCAAUGGACGACACCAUCAUGAGUAUUUUUUAGAGUAUUUGCAAAUUUAUCAGACGUACUUGAACAAUAUGAAUCUCCCCUUUUUCACAUUUUAUGAAACGAACGUCGCCCAUGAAGACACUGGGCGUAGAAUCCAAACACUUGAUGUCCAUUUAGAAGACUUUCUGAACUUUGCGCGGAACCAGCCGAACACCUUGACAGUUGUCAUGUCGGACCAUGGAAAUUCCUAUGGUGACUUCCUCCAAAGAUCCGAAGAAGGUCAAAGAGAACUUUAUCAUCCUUCCAUGUUUUUAAUCAUUCCAGAAAAAGUUGCACGUUACCUUGGAGACGAAAAAAUGAAAAAUUUGAUAGAAAAUCAGAAUCGUUUGAUUAGUCACCUAGAUCUGUUUUACACAUUAAAUUCCUUAUUGAUUGGUGGAGAGCAAGUCAAAGUAGCCAAUAGAAAUCAGCGUUUCAAUGUUACAUCACUCGGACUUUUUGAUCAGAUUUCCCCCCAUCGAACAUGUAGCGAUAUGCCAAUGAUUAAUCCAAAUCUGUGUAUUUGUGAGGGUUUUGAAUCUACAGUGUCGAACAAUACGGAUUAUGUUGUUUACGCACAUUUUGCUCUCGGUAAAAUAAACAAUGAGAUACAAAGAGAAUAUCGUGAGCAUCACCGACAUUCGGUGACAGGAGUCGGCCAUUGCCAACAAUUACGAUUAUAUCAGUUCACAAAUGUCAGGAAAAGUUUACAUGACAACAGGAUGACCUUGAAGAUGAAUCUAGAAGUUCAAUCAGGUGUUUCCAAUGGCAACGAGACAGAUAUAUUUUUUGUUACAAUGUCCAUAGAAACAGGUAAUCAUAACAUAACUCUACAACAAGUUGAACGAAUCUCAGGAUACAGUCGUUACAAGACAUGUGCUGAUGAAGGUGUCAGUCUGCCAUUUUGUGUCUGUGAUAUCACUUCCCCCCAUUCCACCAAUCAGAAACAUCUGAGCCUUGAGGACCUCGAGGAAGACAUUUUGUUGAUGCAGUCAUCCAUCCACCAUAUUGAAAAUAAGUGUCUAUAUUUAGUGAGCAACGAUAAUCAAGUUGGUCUUGUACUUUAUGCAGUAAAUAUCUGUAAAGAUUUGUAUUUCGACAUAUCUGUAGAUGUCCAGCACAUCGAAUUAGACAUUUCCACAAGUUUACCUGUUAAAACUCAGGUUUUCCCAGGAGAAAUCCAGUUUCUUACUUCAGGUGUCCGGUCUUCACCCAAUUCUAAAUGGUUGUGGUCUUACUCAAUUAGUUUUACGGAUUUAGCUCUAAAGUAACAUAGCCGAGAUUGGUUUAAGAGAGAGAACUCUUACAAAACUAAAUGGUUGUGGUCUUACUCCAAGUGAGCUCUAAGGUAGGGACCAUACAAUGUCGUCAGACAUAGCUACACGCAGAGCCUUAUAUACACGACUCUGGUUAUACGUAAUAUUAAGAUUGGUUCAAGGGAGACAACUCAUAUCAACCUAAAUGCUUUUUUAAUAUUGAUUGUUGUGGUUUAUAUGCACUCCUAAACUGAAAGUGCUAUCAGGUGCUCAAGAUAAUGUAUGCAUAUUCUGCCUCUUGCACAGUAUUCAUAAGAGUGGAAAGUUAUGUGAUCAGUUUGUUUAUAUGGCAAUUGUGGCUUAUUAUCUGGCAUGCUACUUAUUAUUAUUUAGUGCAUACCUGAUAAAACUAUUUUUUUAAAUUUUGUGUCGCUUACAAAAUGGCUAUAUUUGUUGAUUAUUUUUAUAAUUGUCAUAUUUUGAAAUGUUGUAUUUAAAUGGCACAUUUAUUUUUAUAUCAGUAUUUAUAGUACAUAGUACUUACUUUGACUAUUUAUGUUACAUGUACAUGUACUAACUUUAUGUAAAGUAUUUAUAUUACAUGUACUAACUUUAAGUAAAGUAUUUGUAUUACAUCUACUAACUUUAAGUAAAGUAUUUAUAUUACUUUUACUUACUAUAAGGCAACACAAAUAAAAUAAGUUGUUUCUCGGGCACCGCCCGCACGCAAAAUUGGUUGCGCGUGCGGCCUAUUUAUUAGUCUUGAUGAAAAAUAAAAAAUAUGUAACGCCCGCCCGAACAUCGAUAAGCAAGUCAUAAAAAGAAUAUGCCGCAUGUAUCUACAUGCCCCAUACGUGAAUAUCCAUUCAAAUGUAUUAAACUGAUUCAGAUGUAAACGCUCAUUUACGGGUCUUUUUUAUUGAUAUCGAAAGAACCUCCAUUUUUGUAUCACGUGAUUUUAAUUACCUCCCCUUGUGAACUAGAAUUUGAUUCGUGUUAAACACCGAAAGUCAUUGACAACAAUGCAUUGUAUUUCAAUCAUUCGAUCUUAAUCGGCUCAUUAUUGCCGGCUUCAGUCGGUCCAUGUUUGAAAAAAUCCUACUUAUAAAACAAUGAAUCGUAGAACAGGUUAAUUAUUAUAACUUGUGGCUACGAAUACGAUACGAUGAUAGUCACCAUGCCUUAGUCAGAAUCUGGGUCAUUAGCACAUUUAACGGUAGUUUUGAUAAUCCGGAAAAUAAUAAUUGGAUUACACAUUUGAUGGUUUUACUGACCAGUUGUUAGUUAAAUUUAAAUAGUCAUUCGAUAUAAACCCCAGAUAGAACACCGAAUAUCCUGAGAAACACACCGAAUAUCCUGAGAAACGGUCAUUUCCCGAAUCCCGAUGACACGUGACAUGCAUUGGUUGGAAUUAGGUCAAUCAUUAUAAACCAGCGAUACUAGAUUUAGAUCUAAGUGUCGUUUACCGUGAUGAUUAUUUUUGAUACACAUGCUGACAGAGGCUUACCCUUUAAAAUAUUGUCGUUAUUAUGGACGGCUAUUAAUAGUCGUACGGAAUUUUAUUUUAAACCAAUUUCAAUUAUGGUUGUCACCAUUACCAUUAGUAAGCUACAUUACGUGAAUUAAAUAUGGAAAAUUAUUUUCCUUACAGUCAGUGUUCAGUGUUUGAGUAGACUUGAUUUUUGGGUUUAUGUUCUAAGUAUGUAUAAUAUAUAACUGAAAGCAAAACUGUAGACAAGUAAUGACUUUCUCAUUAAAAAAAUAAAAUACAAGGCCGCCCUCCCGCCCCAACAAUUUUCAACAAUAGCAAAAUUUUAUUUUGCACCAUCCUCUAGCCAGAAAUGAGGUAAAAAAAAAAAUAAACCGCCCUCCCCCCCUACAGUUUCAGCUGUCAGUUGCCCGAGAAACAAGACAUUUAUUUUGUGUAGCCUAAGUAAAGUAUUUAUAUUACAUGUACUAACUAUAAGUAAAGUAUUUACAAUAUAGGGUUUGUCUUGUAUGGUUCUGUUUGUUUGUGUAGUCCUCCUGUGUAAGUCAAGUAUUUGUGUGUUUACUUAUUUAAAGAAACAUUCCAAUUAAAUACACAAAUAAUAAACUUUAAAAACCAUAAAUGCUUUUGUUAUUUAAAAUUAUUAGGGUUGCAUGUGUUUUAAGGACAUUUAGGGAGGAGACCAUAGCAGUGAUGGGAUUUCAAAAAAAUUAUUGUCGGACAUUUUUUCCCGAAAAUAAAGGGGCAUAACUUUUAUCGUAAUUUAAGCAGACGUUUUCAAAACACAAUAAAGAAUUACGUGUCAACAAAAUAUAUUCAAAUUCAUAUGUAAAAAAAAAAUAGGUGGUGAUGUAUGGUCACAACUAGACAUUCUUUGGUGAGUCUAGUUCUUGAUGAAUUCUAGCUCACCUGUAAAAUUAGAACUGCACAUGAAAGUUAACUCAAACUUGGAACUUGAAAAAAGAUAGGUGCAAAUGUUUUGUCAGGACAAUAUUCUCCCCCUCACUUUGCUCACUUAAAGAUACAUUCCCGGUACAAACUGGGUGAUUUAAUGGUAUAUAUGGACUAAAAACAUAUUCAAACUAAUUAAUUUGUCAUAAUUUUGCUUCAAAUCCUUCUCAAACAUUGUAAUUGCGAAGGAAUGCCCUGCUAUAAAAAGUCGAUCAAACGAGGUCAUGUUUACGUCUCAUGACUUACCUCUCUUUGAAGUCAGAGGAGAAUUCAUUGUAUACAUAAGACGAUGUUGUCU